GAGUGUACCAGUCAAACCUGUCCGGCGGAAGUUGUGCUCACGGCCUGCUCACAAAAGAAAUGGCGAGCGGUAUCGGCAAACACAAGAUGCUGACCGUGGGGCCCACGGAGCCCUGGUCAGUCCGGGAGAAACUGUGCCUGGCCUCCUCUGUUAUGAGGAGCGGCGACCAAAACUGGGUGUCUGUAAGUAGAGCAAUCAAACCUUUCUCAGAGCUGGGUCGUCCUCCUGACUGGUUCUCACAGAAGCACUGUGCCUCACAAUACUCCGAGCUGCUUGAAGCCACAGAAGCACCAAAGCGUAAGCGUGGCGAGAAGGGCGAGGUGGUCGAGACGAUAGAAGAUGUCAUCGUUCGUAGGCUGACCACCGAGAGGAUAGAGGAGCUGAAAAAACUACUACGAGAAACACAGGACCAGUACAGGAAGUUGAAGAAGGAGGUGGAUAUGAUACAGACAGGUCAUAUGGACUCUCAGCUGAAGGAGCUGUGGGCAGACAUCACACUGAAAAAGAAGCAGGAUGAGGACGAAGCCGAACAGAAGAGAAAAGCAACAGAAACAGCGUAUCAAGCUCGACAGGCAGUAAAAAACACACCUAAACGUUUGCCUAGUGUAACUGUUCGUUCUCCUCUGGGUGCCAGCCCACCAACACUGGAUUCUCAGGCCGAGUCCUCAGUCUCGACACCUCCCAUGGAUACAGGAGGUGGUGCCUCCGAUGACACCACUACCCACUCAGUUGUUCAGGGGGUCGGGGUUUUUCUACCAGUGACGGACACUCCCGGGCCUGGGCCCAAAGAUGGAGGCCUGGCUGCUCUAGUAGAUGACUCGCCGCAGAAGAGGCUCCUGACCCAGAAGUCCACCCCGCCACCUUCUCCUCUUCUGUCAGAACUGCUGAAAAAGGGCAACCUCAUCUCAGCUAGCCCCCGCUUGGUUGCAGAAGGAGACUUGACUGGAGGCCUCUCUAAUGGAUUACAGACUGCCAUUGCAGCCACUGCCUUACCCCCUGGUCAUGUGGUCAUCACUGAGGGAGAAGCUGAAGCCGCAGUGAAGGUAGAGCUUUGUGAGGAGACGGGGUUAGUGGAGGAGGACCUUGUAUCUGUGUCUUAUAUGGGAGACGAACUGGACCUGGAGACAGUAGGAGACAUCAUUGCCAUCAUAGAGGAGAAGGUCGAUGACUCUGUGGAGGCUUUAGAUGCAGCAGCGGUGGAAGCGGCGCUCUCUCUGUGUGAAGAGGCCGUUUCAGAGGGACACACCCUCCCUGGCCCCUGGGAGACCCAUGAGCUGAAGGCUUCGGUCCCUGCGCCCUCAGUCCAGGACUCCAACCCAAUACAGGAGCCUCAGGAUGUGACCACAGUGUCGGCCCCAACACCUGCAAGCACAGAGAUUCACGCCCAGCCGGAAACCAAAAGGGAAGAGCAGCUGAAGGGAAACUGUGAAGGACCAGAGGUGACAGGAAGUGAUGUCACUUCUUCUGUCACGUCUGAUGACGGCGCCACAGGAAGUGAGGUUACGGAGGAAGCAAGGACAGGGAAAGCGGUCAUCGAAGCUACAGUAAAGAGUGAAGUAGAGGAGUGGAGCCAGCCUGAGCCCAACCCACCUUGCCUAGAUUCUGAGGAUAGUUCUGUGUCUGGGAAAGAGUCCAAGGAGGUAAAAGAGGAGGAGGCGGGCAGUGAGGGUGACCCUGAAGAAGGGAUGGAGCUGAAGGAGGAGUGUGGGGAGGGCCCCUAUCUGUCAGAGGUGGAGCGGGCAGCCAGCGAGAGUGAAGACGGCUACGACCCACCCUCUCAACGCUACACGGCAGAUUCCAUGGCCAGCAGCCCGGCCUCCUCUUCCCAAUUAUCUACAUGUGGCGAGGACCAGGAGGCAGUUCAGGCACAAAAGAUCUGGAAGAAAGCCAUUAUGCUGGUGUGGAGAGCCGCAGCCAAUCACAGGUACGCCAGUGUCUUCCUGCAGCCUGUGUCAGAUGACAUCGCCCCCGGUUACCACAGCAUCGUACACAGACCCAUGGACCUGUCGGCCAUAAAGAAGAACAUCGAGUCCGGCGUGAUCCGCACGACAGCCGAGUUCCAGCGAGACAUCAUGCUCAUGUUUCAGAACGCUGUCAUGUACAACUCGUCGGACCACGAUGUGUACCACAUGGCACUGGAGAUGCAGCGUGAUGUCCUGGAGCACGUUCAGCAGUUCCUGGCCACCCAGCUCAUCAUGCAGACCUCAGAGAGCGCCAUCUCUGCCAAGAGCCUCCGCGGCAGAGAGGGAAACCGUAAGCCAGGAGAGCCAGCUGAGAAGGACAGUGUCCCAAUGGCCUCUCCUGCUUUCCUUCUCUCUCUCUUUGACGGAGGCACCAGGGGUCGGCGCAGUGCCAUGGAGGCGGACCUCAAAAUGAAAAAAUAGCCUGAAAUUUCAGAGGAGAUGCUAUGAGUGACAAACAGCCACUUUUGGAAUCAGAGAAGGUGGAGCUGAAUACUUAUUGGUCUCUUCGGUUGUUUUGUGAAGAGGACUGCAGCGUCGUGCCUGGUUCGAGUGUGUGUAUGUACACACCUAGUCAUCCGUGCUUUGGCGUAGACAAGGGUAUAUGUGUCAGUGUGUGUCAGCCAGUGGACGUGACAGAGCUGCAUGGAGCUUCCUCUCCUCUGGUUCAUAUGAUUAGUUUGUGUGCAGCACUAUAGGAUUUCACUCCGGGACAAAACUAACCAGCGCACCACUUUACCCAAGUAUCAUUUCACCAAGGUAGUCGGUCACCAUUUCCUCCAGCUGAGAGGGAACAGCGGAGGACUGAGAGGAAAGAGACAAAGAACAUUUUCACCAGCAGAUGUGUUUGGGAUCAAAUGAUAAAGGACGGGUGAGUUCUACUCACCAGAUUGUAUCAUGCUAAGUCGUGGACGCAUCAAUACUAGUCAGUGACUGAUCAUUGAUCUUGCACCAAACUGUGCACUAGCCAUUGGGGCCGAAAAAAACCACGCCCAGGACGGUCACACAACAAAUAAUGUACAAGUUUAAAAUGAUGGGAACUAAGAUCAUCUCUGUCAGAUCACUACAGUGAGAACCACUAGUCACAUCUUUAUGAAUGGAGUUUCAGGGUUUUUAUCAUUAACGGAGCAAAGGUGGUUAAAUUAAAGAAAUCAGAUCAUGUCACUAAACUGGUUAUUUAUAUCGACUUUGUUUAGUACCUUACUUUAUUGCCUUAAGGGAACAUGUUUUAGCAUAUUAACUGCAAAAUUCAUAUACUUUACAUUUCUGCUGAUAUUUUUCCAAAGAGCAGGUUCCAUAAAAUACCACCUUUAAUUAAAUUCAACCUCAUAAUCUGCAGGCAGAAAGGAAACAUGCCUGAGUUAUUUCAUCACUCUCAAACCGUUGUCUUGUGUUAGUGAGAAUUAAUUUCAUCAUGUAUUUAAUCUCCUUGCUUGUGCGUCCAGGUAAACUCAGGCAUCUUAAGUACUCUAAUUAUCCGUUAAACCUCACUAUGCUGCAUGAAGCAUAAAGAUAUAUAGAACCUUUGUUUUAUUGCUGUUGAUGAAAUUUGUAUUGAUACGGUUUGAUCGCUAAGCCCUAAAUUCACAGAUUUAAAGAGUCACGGAAAUUAGAGUUUUCAAAUCAGUUCCUAUAGAUGAACAGACCAUUAGCUGCUUAGUUAACAUGUGCAAAGUGAAAUGAUUGGUAUUCAUGUAAAACCAAUGUUGUGUUGCGUUAAAAAGGGCUAAAAUACAGAAUGAUGAUUUUUGUUGCCAAAUUAGUAUUGAUGCGUCACUUAGGAUGUAGCCAGUGUGCUGUGUAAUGAGUGUUAGCUGAGAGUACAAAAACAGGUUUGUCCUCGUGACGGAUCAUGUAGACUUUGUUUUGGUAGCUGGUACAUGUAUCACGUGUUCUGUUGUACAUUUGUUAAAUAAAGAUUUGAUCUAAGCUUAAA